CACAAUCAGGUGGCUGUGCCGCAGCCAUCCAGGUUGAAUAGUGCGUAGUUGGCUGUUUGCCAAUUGCGGACAGUGAGUUGCGCGUCCUAGCACGUCCUGGUAUCCAGGAACGCCUGAGCGACGGAACCAUGGAGGUGUUGGUGGAAAAUGCGUCGAACAUCCCUGAGGGAAGCAUCCUGUCCAUUCGGGCGGGAAACGUUCGACGGCAAGGGACACUCCCCGCCGACAAGCCGGUGCGGUUUGCUCAAACCAGCCUGCUGGAUGCUAGCCCAUUCAAGGUUGACAUCUUCGCCCCACUGGGUUCGUCCCGAGUUGUGUUGAGACCAAAGAGCGAUCGCUACACAGUGAGCUUCGGGGAAGGAAAGAAGAUGAACUUGGACCUGCUGGUGCGCGACUUGAGUUCAGCUGCCGGAGAAACAGCACCCGCGCCUCCGAAUGCGCGGGGAGAAGAUGCGUUGAGCGAAACAGAGGCAUACCUGAAGAAACAUGAGCUCCAAGUCUUCAUCCAAAACCUUAUGACCAGUGUGCUGGCUGACAAACCGGACGAUCCGUUUGCUUACAUGGCCCACCACCUCGGGAAUAGUGUGAAAGUGGCACCACCUCCAACACCCUCCGCCGCAUUGGUUCCAGUACAGCGACGGGCCUUGCAAAAGAAGCCGCCUCGGCUCAUGCCCCACAAGAAGGGCUUUGAUCAACCAGCCUUUGUGGUGGAGGACUUUGAUGGAAAACUCUUGACCCUACGGGAGCUGGAGGCCAAAGAUCUCCUCCCACCUUCCGCAGAGCUCCGACGCCUUCUCAUUGACGAUUUGUCCAAGGUGUUUCCGGGGAAGAACGUGCCUUCACCAUUGACAGACAUCGUGAGCCGCUUUGUCAACAAGGAUUCCUUCGCCACGCAGGCCAUUUCUUUGGACAGUACAGAUUGCUUUUACCAGAUGCCUUUGGCUGGCGCAAGGCCUGUGCUGCACUUUGAGCCGCAGGACAUGGUGGCCACGGUGGUCACCUGUGGUGGCUUAUGCCCAGGUUUGAAUGCAGUGAUCCGCGAAUUGGUCAUGAUGCUUUCACAGUAUGGUGUGCAGAAGGUCUAUGGGAUCCGUGGAGGCUAUAAGGGAGUGGUAAAGCCAGAGACUUGGAUGGAGCUAACACCGAUGAGCGUCCAGGACAUCAACAAAAUGGGUGGGACAAUCCUCGUCAGUGACCGUGGCAAUCCAACAGAGGAGGAGCAAGUGCAAGUUUUGAUGGAUAUGGGUGUACGCGCACAUUUCAUCAUCGGUGGUGAUGGAACACACCGUGGUGCUUAUGAUAUCGCAGAACUGAUGAAGCAGAAGAAAUGGGAUUGCUCUGUCGUUGGCAUCCCGAAGACCAUCGACAAUGACAUCCCAAUGCUGGAUUGUACCUUCGGCUUCGAUACGGCGUGUAUGGAGGCGGAGCAUGCAAUCAAGGCUGGCUAUGUGGAAGCCACCUGCAAUGCCAACUGCAUUGGCCUGGUGAAGCUGAUGGGCCGCCACUCUGGCUUCAUCGCACUUCAUGCUGGACUGGCAGCGCGGCAUGCGGAUAUUGUGCUCCUGCCAGAGAUGACUAUCAGCCUCGAGAAGGUGCUUUUGCACAUCCUGGACCUCAUGCAGUCCAAGGGUCAUUGCCUGGUCGUGGUUGCUGAGGGUUGUGGCGAUACCUUGCUGCAGAGCUCUGGGGAGGUUGAUGGUGGCGGAAACAAGAAGCUGGCGGACGUGGGCCCAUGGUUGCGGGACAAGAUUGUUGAGAGAUUCAAGCAGGUCAAGUUGCCUUUGACAGUGAAAUACAUCGACCCCACCUACAUGAUCCGAGCCAUUAAACCCAAUGCCAAUGACAGUGUCUACUGCUCCAUGCUCAGCCAUAAUGCAGUGCAUGCAGCCAUGGCGGGCUACACUGCCAUCACAGUUGGUCAGAUCAACUCUCGAUAUGUCAUGCUGCCGAUUGCCUGUGUCACCAAGAACCCGCAGAAACGAGUGGACCUUCGGAGCCAGAGGUUCCAGGAGCUGGUGAGCUCCACUUUGCAGCCUGACUUCACACCUGAUGGAAUGGAGGUCAAAGAACCUGAGAAGGCCUCCGAGAACCCUUUGCUCUCGGUCUCGGAGCCUGUGGAUGUGAUCACGGCCUUUGGCGCUGGGGCGGAGGUCCGUCGCUUGGAAUGCGAGCAUUUGUCCCUGACUUUUGGCGAGCGGAAUUUGCCCACCACCCUCAUGGAGCAGGUAAAGGGUGGCGAGGUGAGCUUUUUUGAUUCAACAUCUUGGGUGACGCAAACACUGGGCCUGCCAGGUGUGCGCUUGCAGAUGGCCAAGGCCGGACCACGUCGUACUUUGUACUUCAAGCCUGCAGAGGUGGCUGCCACUAUUGUCACAUGCC